AUGGUGCAACUGUUUGAAUCAUUUGGUGGACCUAACGCUAGGUUAAUGGACGUUAAGAUAGCUUAUUUGCACUUGGCUUUGGCGAGCCAGAUAUUGGGAAAUUCUGCGGAGGAAUCUGUGUGUUACUUCGAGAAAGGUAUAAAGGCAACCACAGGCAGCCAAAAUGAUGCAGAAUUAAGAUUAGAUUGUUUUAUCACUACUGUUACUUAGCGACUACAUGGCAUGCUCAACACAACCAAGAGCAAGCUUGGAAGUCUGCUUUGGAUGGAAAAGCCUGCCUGGGAAAAAUUGUUGGGGUACAAGACAGAGCACACAUGACUUGUCAGCUCGCUGAGACCUUGGCUAAAAUACAGAAAACAAAUGAAGGAAUUGAAAUAUUGGAGGAAUUUACUUCCCAGUCUCAGAUGAAAGGAAAGGCCUUGUGUCUGAUGAAGCUUGGUAAACUUUGUGUAGAGCAAGGUUUGGCGUCAGAUGCUGAGAAUUAUUACAAACAAGCGCUAGAGGUUAUGGAUAUGCAGGAUAAUAAGGAUAUUUUUGUCAUCUUGGAGUGUCGUAUUGGCAUUUCAAAAGCGAUUAUCAUGGAUAACAGGGUAUCUGAAGCAAACACAAUUUUGGAUGAAGCUUACAUUUUAGCCAAAAAAUUGCAUGCGAGUUUGGAGAAAAUUUAUUUUGUUGAAGAUAUGGGAAAAUUCUGCGAAAAUUUUGGUUACAUCCGUCGUGCUCGAGAAUGCUUUGAUGAAGUAUUAAGAACGUACAAGGAGCUAUCGAACGUCGCCAAAAAACCCCCGUUCAUGGAGGUUUCAUUAGAGCUGAAGCUUGGAAAGUUGGCGGAGAAGGCUUGUGCUAUUGCAUGUCUCAGUCGACCUUGA